AUGUCACAACAAGCAGCUUCGUCUGCUACUGAACAGUGUGCUGUUGGCAGUGGGACUACUAGUAUUGGUGGCCCGCUUGGCUCUCCUAUGUCAUAUCAACCAGUGUGUCAAAGAUGUUUUAAUCCAUUGCAGUUGGAUCAAGAUUUUGAACACUUGCAAAAAACAGAACUUAUGACUUUGUUAGACGCUACCAGUGCAACUGAUGGUGAAGUGCGUGAACCGAUAAAUUUGGUACCUGUGAGAAAUCCAACAACUCCCCGACCACGAUUUAUUGUGCCUCCCAAUUCAGCGUUAUCCUUAUUGAAUGAUGAUGAAGAUCCUCUUGAAACUCUUCAAUCUUAUGCUGGACCAACAUCAAGCCUUGAUCAUCGAUUGAAGGUGAAUGCUUGCUUAUUUGAUGUCUUAAGCGGUCGUACUGAAGUUGACCAUCCAUUAUGCCAAGAAUGCGCUGAUACCUUACUGCUUGCUAAGCAACAGUGUUUAGAAUUUCAAGAGGAGGAAAUGAAAUGUUUACAAUUUUAUUUAUCCUAUUUAGAUUCAACUGCUGGUAAAAUUGAAGCUAAACUGAAAGCUAAACAAACUGCUAAGAUAAAAUCUGCAAAGCAUAAACAACUGAAUCUUUCAUCUGGUGAAGCAUCAUACAUCAGCAAAAAACAACAGGCUGAUUCAGUUGAGAAGACUAGUAGCAAUAGUUCUACUUCAGCUGUGGUUCAUGAAAGUGAUGAUAAGCCAACAUGCGAUAACGAAGGUGAUCGGGAUGAUGAUGAUGGUAAUGAUGAAAUAUCCGGUGAUGAUGACGAUGACGAUGAUGAUUCUGCAUUGAUUGAUUCUAUGCUACUAAGUUAUGCCUUUGAUGGAGAAGACGACAGUAGUGAGAAUUACUUCGACAAUGAUGACGGAGAGAAUGAUGAAGACGCCGGUGGUAAUAAUGAUGAUAAUUCAACAUCUGUUGAUGAUAAAAUUAGUGGAGAAUUGAAAAAGUUAAACAUAAAACCACCAAAUAGUAAAAAAUGUGGUACAAAUGUUAAAGAACUUGAAAAGACAUUAAGUAUGCUACAGGCGAAUUUGAAUGAACUUCUACUUGAAAGUGAAAAAUUGGAUAAACAAAUUAUUCAUGAUACAGCAGAGUUGGAAAGACGUACAGAAGAGCUAGACAGAGCUACAACUCAAUACAAUGAUCAAAAAUUAGCUUUAAUGGAAGCUGAAGAAGAAAUGCAGUGUUUAGAAUCUCGACUCAGCUAUGCUCGGAGUCAUUUACGUCGGUUACAACGUACAAAUGUGCUUAAUGUUGCUUUUCCUAUUUGGUAUGAUGGUCAUAUUGGAGUGAUAAAUGGUUUACAUCUUGGCCGGUUGCCUAAUCGUCCUGUUGGUUGGGAAGAGAUAAAUGCAGCUUGGGGUCAAUGUGCAUUAUUAUUGCAGUGUAUCUCAAAAAAGUUGAAUUUCACUUUUCAAAAUUAUCGUGUUGUACCAAUGGGGAGUCAAUCAAAAAUAAUUCAAUUAUCAAUAUCUAAAGAAUUUCCACUUUAUUAUACUACAGGUGGGAUGCGUUUGUUAAGCGCUGGCAAAUUCGAUACAGCUAUGAUAAAUUUCCUCGAUUGUGUAAAUCAAGUUCAAUUGGUUAUUGAACAUUCAUCUAAUAUACAACUACCUUUUCGUAUUAAAGAUAAGGGAAAACUACAAGAUUCUGAUGGUCAAGUUUAUUCAAUCAGAUGGAAUGGUAAUUCCGAAGAAAAUUGGACAAAAGCUCUGAAAAUGAUGCUUAUCAACAUGAAAUGGAUUAUAGCAGCUUUAUCUGCACGAAAGAGUAGAAAACGCUUGCCAACAAUAACAUCUGGGACACCGAUACCGACAACCUCCAGUGUACAGUCGGGUAGUAAUACCAGUGAAACAUGA